CCCAAGGUUAUAAAACAACAUCGGACUUUGGUCUGAAGGUCUAAUCAUUUGCUCCAAACUCCUACAAAUCCCACACGGCGCCUCUUCCUUCUCUCCAAACGAAUCGAACCCGUUUUGUGAAUGCCAAAUCCAGCUACAGAAUCCAAUAAAUGGCUGUGCUCGAAACCUUACCGGUUCUGCUCCCCGACCUCCAAGAAUCAUCAUCUUCGUUUCUUAGCACAAGCACCAUUAUUGCACUCACCGUCUUCUUUGCGCUCCUCUGCGCUUGCAUCAUCAUCGGUCAUCUUCUGGAAGAGCACCGCUGGGCCAACGAAUCCAUCACUGCCCUCCUGCUGGGGUUGUGCUCUGGAGUGGUGGUGUUGCUGGUGAGCAAGUUUCAGAGCUCUCAAAUACUAGUCUUUAGUGAGGAUUUGUUCUUCCUUUAUCUGCUUCCCCCAAUCAUUUUCAAUGCCGGUUUUCAGGUCAAGAAAAAGCAAUUUUUCAAGAAUUUCACAACGAUAUUUUUGUUCGGAGUAUUCGGUACAAUAAUUUCAUUCUGCAUAAUAUCACUAGGUGCCUAUUUGCUAUUUAAGAGGAUUGGCGUGACAGACCUGGAUAUUCAAGAUUACCUAGCUAUUGGUGCGAUAUUCUCAGCAACUGAUUCAGUUUGCACUCUGCAGGUUCUCAGUCAAGAUGAAACACCCUUACUUUACAGUAUUGUAUUCGGUGAGGGAGUGGUGAAUGAUGCCACCUCUAUUGUGCUUUUCAAUGCAGUCCAAACACUUGAUUUCAGCAACAUUGAUGCUCUUACAGCAUUGAAAUUGUUGUGGACUUUCCUUUAUCUCUUCUUCUCCAGUACUGCUCUUGGUGUAUUAGCGGGUCUUAUAAGUGCUUAUAUCAUCAAGACACUUUACUUUGGAAGGCAUUCCACAGACCGUGAAGUUGCACUCAUGAUGCUUAUGGCUUAUUUAUCAUACAUGUUGGCUGAGCUUUUAAAUCUUAGUGGGAUCUUGACAAUAUUCUUCUGCGGCAUUGUCAUGUCUCACUACACAUGGCACAACGUUACAGAAAGCUCGAGGAUAACAACCAAGCAUGCAUUUGCAACAAUUUCCUUUAUUGCAGAAACUUUUAUAUUUCUGUAUGUUGGUAUGGAUGCCUUGGACAUUGACAAAUGGAAAGAGAGCAAUGCAAGUGCAGGAACUUCAAUUGCUGUCAGUUCAACAUUGUUUGCGUUAGUGUUGAUUGGAAGAGCAGCCUUUGUGUUCCCUAUUUCGAAUAUUACAAAUUGCAUGAAAAAACGAAACAAUACAAAGAUUGAGCUUCGACAACAGUUUAUAAUAUGGUGGGCAGGCCUAAUGCGGGGUGCAGUAACUAUUGCAUUGUCCUAUAAUCAGUUUUCGAGUUCUAAAGACAUAUCAAAGGAAUAUGCACUGAUGAUCACUUGCACCAUAAUUGUUGUUCUAUUUAGUACCGUGGUGUGUGGUUCCGUAACAAAGCCACUAAUUGAAGCAAUGCUGUUACGCCAUGCAAAACCUGCAAUCUCAGAUGCAACUGACAUUCCAAGUCUAGAAGACUUGAACAUUUCAUUCAUCCAAAAUGGCGAUCCAAGUGAGGAGGGCAACAAUCCACCCCCCCGCAAGAACAGUUUAAGAUUGCUAAUAAGUAAUCCCACUCACACUGUCCAUUACUGGUGGAGAAAAUUUGAUGACAAGUUCAUGAGACCUGCAUUUGGAGGACGGGGUUUUGUUCCAUUUGUUCCUAGUUCUCCAACUGGUGCAAGAGACGAAGCAUCUUGAAGUCAAUGCUUCAUCAUAUAAUUUUGUUAUAUAAUAAAAUGUAUAAUUAUUCUGCAACAUAAAAAGAAGGGUGGAUCGUAUUAAUUGCUAGGAAGAGUUUGCACAAGACUUCUUUAUAUAUAUAUAUAUAUAUGUAUGUAUGUAUAUAUAUGUAUGUGUAUCUAUGUAUGUGUCUGUACACAAAUUUUGUUGCAAUAAUUUCCAAACAGAAAUGUGGCUACA